CUGUUGUCCUACGUUCUUUUGCUCUUCCGGUGUUGUAAGUGCACGUGUUUUUAUAUGAAAUCAAGAAUAAUUGUAUAAAAAGCAGUUGAAUUGUGCACACGGUUCGUUAUGGGUAGACCAGGAUUUGUAGGCAAUAGAGGAGGUGGCCGUGGAGGUGGCCGUGGGGGUGGACGUGGUGGUGGACGUGGUGGUGGCCGUGGUGGAGGCAGACCAAGUUUUGGUAAUAGUGGAGGUCCAAAUGAACGACGAAGUGGUGGUAGAGGAGAACGUGGAGGAGGGGGUUUUAAAGGUGGGAAGAAUGCGAUAAUAGUGCCACAUCGUCACGAAGGUGUGUUUGUAGCCAAAGGAAAGGCAGAUACACUACUAACUUUAAGUUUGGUGCCUGGAGUAUCAGUAUAUGGAGAAAAAAGGAUUGGUGUUGAGCAAGAGAAUGAUUCCGGCAAUAAAGUUGAAUACAGAAUAUGGAAUCCGUUUAGAUCUAAGUUAGCUGCUGCUAUUAUUGGAGGUGUUGAUCAAAUUUACAUGGCUCCUGGUAGCAAAGUAUUAUAUCUAGGUGCUGCAUCCGGUACUACUGUGUCUCAUGUUGCUGAUAUAGUUGGUCAAGAAGGGAUUGUGUUUGCAGUGGAAUUUUCUCACAGAACAGGCAGAGAUCUUAUGGAUGUUGCUAAAAGAAGGAGUAAUAUUAUUCCUAUAGUUGAAGAUGCAAGGCACCCUCAUAAAUAUAGGAUGGUGGUAGGAAUGGUAGAUACCAUAUUCUCGGACGUGGCACAACCUGAUCAAGCUAGAAUUGUUUCGCUAAAUGCGCAAUGUUUUCUUAAAAAUGGUGGACAUUUUGUUAUGUCUAUUAAGGCGAGUUGCAUAGACUCACUUGCGACGCCUGAGGCAGUGUUUGCAGCAGAAGUAGAAAAGUUGAAAGCUGAUAAUUUGAAACCACAGGAACAAAUCACACUAGAACCAUUUGAAAGAGAUCACGCCGUGGUGGUUGGCAUCUACAGGAAGCCGAAAAAGGCGUAAAAAAUUAAUAUAUGUAUAUAUUUUUUAAAUGCAAUGUAACUAAAAAGCAGAUAAAAAUGAAUGUGGGCAAGUAAUAAAUAGAUAGCCUAAUGGAUA